AAAUUGACCUCAAAUUUCACAUAUAAACACACACAUAUAUAAACAAAUAAACCCAACAACUUCAUAUACCAACUUGGUUUCGGAAAUCCACAGAGAAAAACAAACAAAAAAAAUUAAAAUAUAAACAAGCUUUGAAAUGAUGGGUUUGAGAAACUCUUUUGUUCUAUGCUUGGCACUUAUGUUGUCUUUCUCUUCAGCCAUUCAUUGUAUUGACAUAACCAAAACUUUGGGACAAUACCCAGAAUUCACCACGUUUAACAAAUACCUAACCGAAACCAAGUUGGUUGAACAAAUUAACAGUGCUAAAGCCGUUACGAUUCUUGCCGUUGAAGACAAGGACUUGGCUUUUCUCUCCGGUAAACCAAUUGACGACAUUAAAACCGUCAUUGGGACCAACGUUAUAACUGAAUUUUACGACGAGAAAAAACUUUUGGAAGCCAUUGGAAGCCAAGUAGAAUUGCCUACACUUUCACCUGCUUCAGGUUUAGCUGCCAAAAUCAAAGUCCAACUUAUUAAUGAGGGUGAAGUGACAUUUAGUUCCGCUGUUCCUGGCUCAAAACCCGAUACUUUUCUUGUUAGAACCGUUACAACUGAAGCCGAAGUUGUUUCGGUUCUUAAGGUUGAUAAACCAAUUGUUACGGUUGAUGCUUCAACUACUUCUGGUGUAACAGGAACACCUUCUGUGGCUGAGACACCUAAGAGCAGUGUUGCUGAUGCGCCUGCUCCUAGUGCCUCUUCUCGUGCCACAUUCGGAUUCAUUGUUGCUGUUAUGGCCUUUGCUUCCAUUUUUGUCUCUUUGUAAGCUUAAUACUCAAAUGUCUAGAGACGAAAUGGUUCAGUAUUAAUUAAAAGGGAUAACUAAGUUAAUUUGUUGUUACUGAAAAAGAAAAAAAAAAUCAAUGUAACAUUGUUGAUUUGUAUUUAUGUGAUUUAUUUGUGGAGAUUGAAGAUAUCCCAUACUCUCCCUUUUUUAUUUAUUUAUAUAAUUAAUGUAGUUCAUUUGAUCUGUUCUA